GGAGGAAGUGCUACAGUUUCAGACUCUGGACGUGUUUCUUGGGGAGGACGGAGAGAGAGCCCGUGUGCCUUGCAAAGAAAGGAGAGCCGGAGUUGCCCCCCACCUGGCUUCUGUGUCCCCCGAAGGAAGCCCUCAAGGAGGGUCAGUCCUUCUCCACAUCAGCCUCUGCCCUGAGAAUCGAGUCUUCUGGCCUCUGGAGUGGUGCUGCCGGGGCUGGGUUCCUGCUUGGCCACCUCACAGCCAUGUGGGGGGCUGGGAAUCUCGCCCUGGCGGUCUUUGGCUGCUUGCUGGCAGCUGGCCUGGCAGAGGGCAUGCAGCGGAGGGCGACAGAGAGCAAGCUCCGCAGGCGGUCGCACCGGGUCCAGCUGGGGCGCUGCAGCUACACCUUUGUCCUGCCAGAGGCGGACCCACCCCUCUGCCAGCUGGCCGGGGAGACCUUCAACGUCAACACGCUGCAGAGGGACUCCCCGUUUGGCUCUGGGCUCAGGGGCCCUGAGGAGUCCACACAGCGAGUCCAACAGCUGGAGAGGGUCCUGGAGAACAACACCCAGUGGCUGCUGAAGCUGGAGAGCUACAUCCAGAUGAACAUGAAGUCGGAGAUGGUGCAGAUCCAGCAGAAUGUGGUGCAGAACCAGACGGCCACCAUGUUGGAGAUCGGCACCAACCUUCUGAAUCAAACGGCCGAGCAGACAAGGAAAUUGACGGAUGUGGAGGCUCAGGUACUCAACCAGACCUCUCGCAUUGAGAUCCAGCUCCUUGAGAACUUGCUGUCCACACACAAGCUGGAGAAGCAACUGCUGACGCAGACGAACGAGAUCCGCAAACUGCAGAACCGGAACAGCAUCUUAGAAACCCGAGUCCAGCAGAUGGAGACAAAGCACCUGAUGGAGCUGGAGGGCAUCCGGACGGAGAAAGAGCAGCUUCAGCAGCUGGUGAGUCACCAGAGCAACACCAUUGAGGGCCUGGAGAAGUCCCUGCAUGCUGCCAACAGCAACAGCAGCUUCCUCCAGCAGCAACAGCAACAGCUUCUGGAGUCGGUCCAGAACUUGGUCCAGCUCGUCUCCGAAGGCAAAGUGCCUCGGAAGAAAGAAGAAAAGCCAUUCCAGGACUGUGCAGAAAUCCUCCGAGCUGGUCUCAACCUCAGCGGGGUCUACACCCUUCAUAUCAACAAUCUGACCGAACCCAAAAAGGCCUUCUGUGACUUGGAGACGGACGGAGGGGGGUGGACAGUCAUCCAACGCCGAGUCAACGGCAGCAUCAAUUUCCAAAGGACCUGGAAGGAGUACAGACAGGGCUUUGGGGAUCCAGCAGGAGAAUACUGGCUGGGCAAUGAAGCAGUCCACCUCUUGACCAGUCAGGCAGCCUACUCCUUGAGGGUGGAGCUCCUGGACUGGGAAGGGAAUUCUGCCCACGGCCAGUAUGAGAAGUUCCAGCUGGGCAGCGAGCGUCAGCGAUACAGGCUUUCCUUGAAAGGCUACAAGGGAACCGCUGGGCAGCAGAGUGGCUUAGCUCUCCAAGGUACCAGCUUCAGCACACGAGACUCCGAUAAUGACAACUGCAUGUGCAGGUGUGCCCAGAUGCUUUCUGGUGGUUGGUGGUUUGAUGCCUGUGGACUCUCGAACUUGAACGGCAUCUAUUAUCCUGCCAGGCACAAUAUCCGGAAACUGAACGGGAUCCGGUGGCAUUACUUCCAGGGUCCAGGUUACUCAUUAAAAGGCACCCAGAUGAUGAUCAGACCUUGGAGCGGCCGUGAAGGGGCAUAGCAGAGGAGUCUGCUGGGAUCUCUGAGCCAGAGAGAGCAGUCCUUGAUGUAUACCUGGAAGUAUCUUCAGCUUCUGGCACUGGAAAGAGAACAGCAGCAAACUUUGGGAAUGAGACCCUUCUGAAGGGAGGCAGGCAAUUCACUGCAGGGAAAGGAUGCAGGACUCUUGUUUCAGAGGGAGAUUUCUGGGGGCUCUUGAGCUUCCAAGGAAAAAAUGGAAGGGACUACUAUAUAUGUUAAUAGCCAAGUCUGACGUAGAGACAUUUGACAUGUUAUCCACAUAAUUUGGGGUAGGAGAGAAGGGAGCAUUCUUUGGCUAAACUCAGAAAAAUCUGGUAGGGUACAUUCCACUGUAGAUUUUAUUCAGCAGAUGCACACACAUGAUCUCCUCUAUUUUGGACAGUGUUUCUACAGAUCUUAAGAUCAUUCUGGCUCGGCUGAGUAAGAAUAAGCAGAGUUGUUGGCCAUCCUCACAGGAGCAGUUGCUUCAGUUUAACAAACGCUCUCACGCUUUGACAGAAGGGUGAUGCGGGAAACCUCCCGCAUUAUUUCUGCAGAUGAAAAAGGACACGGCAUAUCUAGACCAUUUGUCAGCCACAACAGAUACGUCCAUUGUGCCAUUGGGUUCAGGGGGUGUUGGCUUUCAUCCAACCUAAGCCCUGUUAGGGCCUUCACUGAACACGUGAAAAGAAGGGCAGGGCUAGAGCUGCUGGAUCCUCCCCCAAAACCAGCCACACCUGCCCCAGCCCAAAUGCUUUGUGGUUGGAAAGGCAGUCUCUGUGCAUGUGGCUAGACCUCUCAUUGUGCAUUGGGCUAGGGUUGUGUAGGUUGGUAAAGGGUGGGUUUUUUUAAAUGUCGAAAACCCCUCCCUGCACCAUCAGGGGGCAUCAGAUCGCAGGGUAAGUGCCCUGGGUCGUGUUCUGGUGGGGGGGCCUCUUUAAUUGCCCGCCCAGCACUGGUGGGGUGGCAGCUGGGUGGCACAGAGAUGUUGGGAGAGCUUGGGAGGUGGAUGGGGGUGACACAGGGCAGUCUGGGAAGUC